GUCAGCUCACAGUGGACUGUUGUCACCCCGACAGAGAGUCCACCACACCCGUAGCUACAGACUGCACCAGGGCCACACCAACCGACAAACUUGCACUUGACUUGGCUUUUCCUAAGUGCUUGAAGAACUCUUUCUCUGACAACUUUUUUCCAUGUCAGCUUCUCAUCGAUGGAUUUUGGUUACUCAGCAUGAAGCCUUUGCUUUAGAACUGACCGUUUUCUAGUUCUGUGAGGUGUUUUUAGUGAGAUGCUAUACAUCUGAAUUAUACAUCCUUGUAACGUCUGACACCUCUGAGGAUUCAACUUUUAGGAUUUCCCUCAAGCUGAACUCAAAACUUGCCUGUAAGGCAGACUUAGGUUUUCUUUAGAAACUACACUGCCAUUCUUUCUGUCAGCAGUUUAUUUUAUUUUUCGUCUACCUUUCCUUGAGUGGGAGUAACAAUGCACAUUGUGGUGGCAUUACAUCCCAUUCUCCUCCUGUCAGUCACUCUGUCACUGGCUGAUGCCAAAUCCUACAGACCCCACCAGUCCAACCUCUACAAAGCUGGACCCAAUCCUCACCACCUUGUCCAUGGGAAGCCCACCAGCAGGCACAAGAACCACUGUGCCUAUGUGGUUGAGAAGACUAUGUCAUUCACCAUGCAGAAUGGUGUAACACCCUAUGUCAAGGCUGAGUACAACAAGUGUGCCUGGGGUCAGAAGUGUUCAACCCUCAUGUACCGUCUGAUGUACAAGCCAGUCUAUAAAGUUGCCCAUAAGACUGUCACUGAGCUGGAAUGGCGUUGCUGUCCAGGCUACUCUGGCUAUGGCUGCAUGGAGGGACCCCCAGCCUACAACCACCCAAUUAAGGCGAUGCCUCCAUUCAAGGGCUCACCAUUCAAGGGCCCACCCAUUAAAGGAAAUCCCUGGAGUCAGACCAAGAGCCCUCCUCCCAUGAAAUCUUACCCAAUGGUUGCCAAGGACCCUCCCAUGAAGGGACCUCCUCCUAUGAAGUCUUACCCCAUGAAAGCAAAAGGUCCUCCUCCCAGCAAGUCCUACCCUAUACGUCACUUUGGGCCUCCUAUGACCCACCCCUCCUACCCAGUGUCCUCCUUUGAGCGUUACCCUUCUGUGCCACAGCACCACCGACAGCCAGACCACCACGAGCCUGGACCAGACCAUCACUCAGAUCCAGAUCACCACGAGCCAGACCAACAUCAACCUGAACCAGACCACCAUGAGGAACCAGACCACCAGGGGCCAGACCACCACCAGCCUGAAUCUGAUCUAGAGCCAGACCAUCACCAUCACCAGCAACCUGGACCAGACCAACCUGAUCAUCCAGACCACACAGAUCACUCAGAGCUGGAGCCCGUUGCUGAAGAAACAGCUCCCCUUGUUGGCAGCCAAGAAAUCGAUGGCCAGGCUCUAGACACAGUGGGCAGUGAGUCUGCAGAGCGUCUGGAUCGGAUGGAGGAGGACAUGCGGCAUCUAUCGCAGGGUCUGGAGACACUUAGUGGGACAGUGAACGGUCUGGAGGACAGCCUGCGUGCCUCACUACGAGAGGACGCAAGCAGGAUGCUCUCCGCCCUUCUGUCUGCAUCACCAGGCCCUGUCCCCGCUCUGUCCUCCUCCCCCCACUCCAUUGUAGGCUUUGCAGACAUCCCAGGAGGGAACCCUGAUGCAGAGGGCCUGGAUGGUGGCCAGGCAUUCCCAGGGCUGGGCGAGCUGACGGGAAGGGUGGAGGAGCUCCGGGCUGAGCUGCAGGCAAAGGCCACUGAGCUGGAGGAGCUGAGAGGCACGGUUAUCAAGCACGACGAUACACUGAAGAAGAUGUCAGGAGGGAUGGUUAGCUUAACAGGGACCCUAUUGAGAGACACCCAGAAGGCCAUGGAGGAUCUAGUGGACGUCAAGUUGGGUGGGGUCCGGACGGAGAUCAUCGAUGGGUUUGAGAAGCGCAUGGAGAGUGCUGAGAGCCGCUGUGAAGAGAAUGCCGGGGAGGUGAGGCGGCAAUGCCACAGAGAGCAGCAGGAGAGGCAGGAACAGAUGGAGCAGGCCCUGGAGGGCAGCGCCACGGGACUGAGGAAGGAGCUGGGACUUGUGCAGGCUCAGAUUCAGGGACAUGACCUGACAGAGGGAUGCUGUGGUACAGUCACUGGCCUGGCUGAGAGGGUGCAUAUGCUGGAACAGUCAGUGGCAGUCCUCAACCAGUCCCAGGAGCACUUGAGGGUGGAGCUGGGUGGGCACAAGGCCCAUGUAGAGGGCAUGCUGGAGGGCCGUCUGGGGUAUGUGGAGGCUAAGCUCAACCUGACAGGGAGUGGAAAGGUCAGGGGGGGCAGAAGUGGGAGCAGUGGUAGUGGCGGGGUCCAGGGUAGCAGCUUAGAGGGAGGGAUGGGGCCAGGUGGCCUGGAGGCCCGUCUGGAGGGGAAGCUAAAGUCUCUGGAGGGUCGUCUUCUGACGGCUGUGGAGGAGCUGGGGAACGCUACAGCCCCUGCCCUGCUUGAGGGCCACGUCGUGCCCACGCUGGAGACAAAGCUGGAGUCCCUCAGGAGAAGGCUGGAGCUGGAUGUGGACAGUGUGCAGAAACAGCUGCGUGGCUUGGAACUCCUCUGCAUGUCCUCCUCUCAGCCCAUCCACCAGGGAGACACAGCCACAUUGAACACUCAUGUGGUGGAGGAGGAGGAGAAGAAAGGAGGAGGAGAGUUGAAGGGUCUCCUGGAUGUGCAGGCUGACCGUCUGAACAGCGUUAAUCUCACCCUGCAGAGCCUCCUGACCAGACUGUCCCAGAGGGACGACCACCGGGAGGGAGAGGGGAGCUCAGUCCAGGGUGAAAUCAUGCUGCUUAAAUUCAACGUCCGCUCCGUGAACCGCAUCUUGAAGGGCCUGAAGGACUCUGUAGUGUCAGUGGUCCGGGAUGUGGGGCACGCAAACACCACAUGGCAGGAGCGAGAGGAGCGAUUGGCCCAGCAGGUGAAGGGCGUGGUGCAGCUGGUGGGGCGCCAGGCCUCCAUGCUGGGGGCGGGAGAGAGGAGGCUGACCCGGCUAAAAGGAGAGCUCCAGGAGCUGAGGAGGCGGCUGGCCGGUGAGGUGCAGGGCUGCCGCUCCACUGCGCUGGGAGUCCAGAAGGAGGUCGUGGAGGUGGGGGGGCGCUUGGCCAGCAUGGAGGGCCAGUGUAAAGGCUUCAGUCACCUGGCCGAGGAUCUGGAGAGGAUCAGGGCAGAGCUGGAGAGGCAGUCAGAUGUGUACCUCUCCCAGGUCAACGGCACCCUCACUAAUCACGCUCACCAACUGUCUGAGCUAAGACAGGAACUCAGGAACUGCACGUCGAAGGCAGAGCCCACCCAGCAGAACCUAUUCCUCGUAGAGCCAGAACAAUUAAGAGGAGACCAGUAACUUGUUAUGAAACCAUACCAUACUGUAAGAGGGAGGCCAGUGUUCUGUACGGAAUGAUAAUGGACCAUAAUCGUGAGCCCCAGAGACAAGGGCUGGUGGUAGAAACAAAAGGCCAAUGUUUCAAUCCACUGGCAAUCCAUAGAGAAUUUCUAACUGUGUUGAGUUUUGUUUAGCAAAAUGUUUACACUUGAUUUUUUUGUAUUGCUGUUCUUUCGUAGGCCUUUGAGUUUACAGGUAUCCAAGAUACUAGAUUUUUAUUUUGUAUGAUAAUCGUCUUUUGUAUUUGACAUUUUUAUAAAACAUUACAGUUCUUUGUGACCUCCCUUCCUCUUGCUGUUAAAGUAUUGUUUGUAUAAUAAAGAGGCGUCAUGUCA